AUGAAGAAGAAGAAGCAAAAGCAAACAACUGUGGCGGCCGACGCCGCCGGCACCGUCGAUUUUGACCUCAAAUCUGCCAUCCACCUGCACAGCGGAUUUUUCGACCACUUGAUUGAACUGAUUCCCGCCAGAUUCUACCUUCCGAGAGAAGAUGCCGAUUCGAAGCCAUGGUACCAGGGCCUCUCCAAAGCCGCCAAGGCCUCACUGAAGCAUCAGUCGAAACAGAACCUCAAGCUCGCCCGCCGCCACCGCUUUGACCCCGACGGUGAGCCCUCCUCCACCCUCCACCUCCUCCAGCAGCAACAGAAUAGCAAAGGUACUGCCGGCGAAGAUGGCGCCGGUCUUGAGGAGGAAGACUCCCGGCCUAAUCCGAUUGAUAUCGAGGAUGAUAAGGCGAAGUCUGUAACCUACGAGGAGCUCCGAGCUAAACUGCGACGAAAAAUCGAGCUGCUGAGGGGAAACAGGGGAGAGGGGAGAGUUCACCAGAAGGUGUCGAAAAAUGAUGGGUUCAAGAGGAAAAGGGAUGAGGAAAAUGACGGUGGAAGUGGUGAAAAGGGAGAUCUUUCGGAUGAGGGCGAUGAUGGUGAGGAGAUUAUCGAGUAUGGAAAGGUGAGAUUAGGAGACGAGGAUGAGGGGAAGCGUGCAAAGAAAAAGAAGAAGAAACUGCCCAAGGCCAAGGAACUUGAAUUGGCCAAGAAAAUGCAGGAGGUGAAGAAGGAGAAUCCGACUGUGGCCGAGCGGGAGUCGUGGAAGGCAGCCACCAGCCGGGCCAUGGGCGUGAAGGUCCACGACGAUGCGCGGUUAAUCAAGGAGAGCAUGAAGAGAGAGAAGAGGAAGAGGGAGAAGAAUGCUGAGAAAUGGAAGGAGAGAGUCGAGACCCAGACGAAGAUGAAGGAUGAGAGGCAGAGGAAGAGGAAAGAAAACAUCCAGGGGAGGAUCAAUGAGAAGAAGAUGCGGAGGAUUGCCAAGCGCGAGAAGAAGCUGAUGAGGCCUGGGUUUGAGGGCAGGAAGGAGGGAUACAUUACUAAGGAGUGA